UCCGGUUUCCCUGACUUCCGUUUUUUCUAUACUGUGUUAUGUUUGUUCGCGUAGCACUCCUCACAGGCCGUUUGGUCUACGUUUUUUUGUUUGUUGGUGAGAUGAAAUAUCCAAAACUGUAAAAGAUAUUUCGCUCCAUAGUUUGACAGGUUUGAAUGGACAGAGGUUUGAAGAAUGCCGUCAUUGACGACCACUCUCUUAUAAUCGCACAUUUACGGCGUCACUGAUGUUCUACUACCCACUUUUGCCCAUAUUUUGGGCUGUUUCUGCAAAGGCAGAUUUCUUUCAAUUUGACAGUAUUUCAAAUGUAUCUACGUAUUAUUUCAAUUAUAUUUAUUGUAAUAUAUGGGAAGGGGAGUGUCAACCGAAUCAAGAUGAUGCGACUCAGCAAGUACCUACUAGGGACCUAUGGGCAGCAUUCCCUCAAGACUAUAUCAGUUUGCUGUCACAGUGGUAUUGCAGCCUGGGACAGUGCUGUGAAUCAGGGGAUUGUCGGAUAACAAAUAAUAUUACAGGUCUGGCUAGUGAUCUACAGCUAAAGCUUCAUGGGCAGCACCUUGCCCAAUCAGUGGUUCUGAAGGCUGUGCAGGGCUUCAUCAGUAACCCUGAAUCCAAUAAGCCAUUGACCCUCUCCUUCCAUGGCUGCUCCGGCACGGGCAAGAACUUUGUGACCCGGAUUGUAGCUGACAACUUGUACCGGGACGGGGUGAAGAGCGAGUGUGUGCGUCUGUUCAUCGCCCCAUUCCAUUUCCCCCAUGCCAGACUGGUGGACACAUACAAGGGCCAGCUCAGAGAAGCUAUCCGGGACAUGGUGCUGCGUUGCCCACAGACACUUUUCAUCUUUGAUGAGGCUGAGAAACUGCACCCCGGCCUUAUAGAUGCUAUCAAGCCCUAUAUGGACCAUUAUGACAAUGUGGAUGGGGUCAGCUAUAGGAGGGCUGUCUUCUUAUUCCUCAGUAAUAUUGGUGGGACCACCAUCAACGAUGUGGCCUUGGACUUCUGGCACUCAGGGCAAAACAGAGAGGACAUUGGGAUGGAGGACUUGGAACACCGGCUACGUGCUGAAGCUAUGGAUUCUCAAGGAGGCUUUGCACAGAGUGAACUGAUGUCAGGUCACCUUAUUGACUUCUUUGUGCCCUUCCUACCUCUGGAAUACCGUCAUGUCAAGCUCUGUGCCCGUGAUGCCUAUGCAGCGCGGGGUUUGGAGCCAGACGAGGGAACGCUGGACGAAGUGGCAAAGGCCAUGCUAUAUAUACCCAAGGAGGAGAGGCUGUUCUCUGCCCAAGGCUGCAAAUCCAUACCACAGAGGAUCAAUUUCUUCCUACGCUAAACAGACCAAUGCAACCCAGAAAACAUAUGAACGGUGUUUUGGCAAAAAGGAAAAAGUAUGUCCUGCUGACAUAUUGAACAUUUCUGCAAUGGAACAUGUCAAUCAAACAUGUGGUAUGCCCAUUCCUCACCCUACACUGCCAAGAAAGGAAGCGUAGAGCAUCUGGCUAUAGUAAGAUCCAAUCUGAUAACGAAAGAGAUUUGAGUGCAUUUUCAACUUCCUCAUUAGACAAUUUUUAUGCAAUUAUUUUACGUCAAGCUCAGGUCAACUCUAGUAUUAUUAUUUGCGUGUACAGUACCAGUCAAAUGUUUGGACACACCUACUCAUUCCAGGGUUUUUCUUUAUUUGUACUUUUUUCUACAUUGUAGAAUAAUAGUGAAGACAUCAAAACUAUGAAAUAACACAUAUGGAAUCAUGUAGUAACGACAAGUGUUAAACAAAUCAAAAUAUAUUUGAUUCUUCAAAGUAGCCACCCUCUGCCUUGAUGACAGCUUUGCACACUCUUACAAUUCUCUCAACCAGCUUCAUGAGGUAGUCACCGGAAUGCAUUUCAAUUAACAGGUGUGCCUUGUUUAAAGUUCAUUUGUGGAAAUUCUUUCCUUAAUGUGUUUGAGCCAAUCAGUUGUGUUGUGACAAGGUAGGGGUGGUAUACAGAAGAGGGCCUUAUUUGGUAAAAGACCAAGUCCACAUUAUGGCAAGAACAGAUCAAAUAAGAAAUGAGGAACAACAGUCCAUCAUUACUUGAAGACAUAAAGGUCAGUCAAUCUGGAAAAUGUCAAGAACUUUGAAAGUUUCUUCAAGUGUAGUUUCAAAAACCAUUAGGCGCUUUUAUGAAACUGGCUCUCAUGAGGACUGCCACAGGAAAGGAAGACCCAGAGUUACCUCUGCUGAAGAGGAUAAGUUCAUUAGACCUAUCAAGAUGGUGCCGACAGUGUCAUCUCGCUUCUAGUCCUUAGGAAACUAUGCAGUAUUUUGUUUUUUUCUGUUUUAUUUUUUACAUUGUUAGCCCAGACAAUCUUAAGUGUUAUUACAUACAGCCAGGAAGAAAUAGAGGAUAUCAGAGUGACGGCAACUUACCAACAUUACGUCCAGGAAUAUGACUUUCUCGAAGUGGAUCCUUUGUUUGCACCGCAACCCAGGGCGUUGGAUCUCAUUCCAGAGGCCGCCCCAAAGUAACGUCUCCGCAGAAGAGGUAGACGGAGCAGCCUCCUGGUCAGACUUCGGAGGCUUGCACAUCACCCACCGUUUCCGAUUAUAUUACUCGCCAAUGUCCAGUCUAGAUAACAAGGAAGACGAAAUUAGGGCAAGGGUUGCUUUCCAGACAUCAGGGAUUGUAACAGUCUGUUUCACGGAAACAUGGCUCUCUCUGGAUAUGUUGUCGGAGUCGGUACAGCCACCGGGAUUCUUUGAGUCGCGGCAACAGAAAUAAACAUCUCUCUUUUGAAGAAGGGCAAGGGUGUAUGCUUCAUGAUUAAUGACUCAUUAUAAUCAUAACAACAUACAGCAACUCAAGUCCUUUUGUUCACCUAACCUAGAAUUCCUCAUAAUCAAAUGCCGACCAUAUUAUCUCCCAAGAGAAUUCUUGUCCGUUACUGUCACAGCCGUGUAUCUCCCCGCUCAAGCCGAUAUCACGACGGCCCUCAAGGAACUAAACUGGACUCUAUGCAAACUGGAAACAAUAUAUCCCGAGACUGCAUUUAUUGUAGCUGGGGAUUUUAUCAAGGCAAAUUUGAGAACAAGGCUACCUAAAUUCUAUUAGCAUAUUGAUUGUAGCACUCGUGCCAUCAAUACACUGUAUCACUGCUUCUCUAACUUCCGUGAUGCAUACAAGGCCCUCCCCCGCCCUCCCUUCGUCAAAUCUGACCAUGACUUCAUUUUUCUCCUCCCGUCCUAUAGGCAGAAACUCAAACAGGAUGUACCCAUGACUAGAACUAUUCAACGCUGGUCUGACCAAUCGGAAUCCAUGCUUCAAGAUUGUUUUGAUCACACGGACAGGGAAAUGUUCUGGGCAGCCUCAGAGAAUAAUAUUGAUUUAUACGCUGAUUCGGUGAGUGAGUUUAUAAGGAAGUGCAUUGGAAAUCUUGUACCCACUGUGACUUAAAACCUACCCUAACCAGAAACCGUGGAUAGAUGGUGGCAUUCGCGCAAAGAAAGAUGACUGGGAAUAUGGCUGAAUACAAACAGUGUAGUUAUUCCCUCUGCAAGGCAAUCAAACAAGCAAAAUGUUGUUAUAGGGACAAAGUGGAGGCGCAAUUCAACGGCUCAUACGUGUGGCAGGGUCUACAGACAAUCACGGACUACAAAAUGAAAACCUGCCACGUCACGGACACCUACGUCUUGCUUCCAGACAAACUAAACACUUUUGCCUGCUUUGAGGAUAAUAAUAGUGCCACCGACGCGGCCCGCUACCAAGAACUGCGGGCCCCCCCUCUCCUUUUCGGUGGCCGAUGUGAGUAAGACAUUUAACACCGCCCACAACUGCAGGGGUCUCCAGAGAGUGGUGCGGUCUGCUCAACGCAUCACCGGGGGCAAACUCCCUGCCCUCCAACUACAGCACCGAUGUCACAGGAGGGCCAGAAAGAUCAUCGAGGACAACAACCACCCGGGCCACGGCCUGUUCACCCCGCUACCAUCCAGAAGGUGAGGUCAGUACAGGUGCAUCAAAGCUGGGACCGAGAGACUGACAGCCAUCACUAGCACAGAGAGGCUGCUGCCUACAUACAGACUUGAAAUCAUUGGCCACAUUAAUAAAUGGAUCACUAGUCACUUUAAUAAUGGCACUUCAAUAGUGUUUACAUAUCUUGCAUUACUCAUUUCAUAUGUAUAAACUGUAUUUUAUACCAUCUACUGCAUCUUGCCUAUGCCGCUCGGUCAUCGCUCAUAUAUGUAUUUAUUCUUAUUCCAUCCCUUAGAUUUGUGUGUAUUAGGUAGAUGUUGUGGAAUUGUUAGAUUACUUGUUACAUAUUACUGCACUGUCGGAACUAGAAACACAAGCAUUUUGCUUCACUCGCAAAAACAUCUGCUAACCAUGUGUAUGUGACCAAUAACAUUUGAUUUGAUUUAGAGUUAACUGCACCUCAGAUUGCAGCCCAAAUAAAUGCUUUACAGAGUUCAAGUAUCAGACACAUCUCAACAUCAACUGUUCAAAGGAGACUGCGUGAAUCAGGCCUUCAUGGUCGAAUUGCUGCAAACACACCACCUCUAAAGGACACCAAUAAAAAAAGAGACUUGCUUGGGCCAAGAAACACAAGCAAUGUACAUUAGACUGGUGGCAAUCUGUCCUUUGGUCUGAUGAGUCCAAAUUUGUGUCUAGGAGAUGCAGAGUAGGUGAACGGAUGAUCUUCUCGUGUGGUUCCCACCGUGAAGCAUGGAGGAGGAGGUGUGAUGGUGUGUGGAUGCUUUGAUGGUGACACUGUCAGUCAUUUAUUUAGAAUUCAAGGCACACUUAACCAGCAUGGCUACCACAGCAUUCUGCAGCAAAAUGCCAUCCCAUCUGGUUUGCGCUUAGUGGGACUAUGAUUUGUUUUUCAACAGGACAAUGACCCAACACACCUCCAGGCUGUGUAAGGGCUAUUUGACCAAGAAGGAGAGCGAUGGAGUGCUGCAUCAGAUGACCUGGCCUCCACAAUCACCCAACCUCAACCCAAAUGAGAUGAUUUUGGAUGAGUUGGACCGCAGACUGAAGGAAAAGCAGCCAAGUGCUCAGCAUAUGUGGGAACUCAUUCAAGAUUGUUGGAAAAUCUUUCCAGGUGUAGCUGGUUGAGAGAAUUCAAGAGUGCAAAUCCAUCAAGGCAAAGGGUGGCUACUUUGAAGAAUCUCAAAUAUAUUUUGAUUUUUUAAACACUUUUUUGGUUACUACAUGAUUCCAUGUGUUAUUUCAUAGUUUUGAUGUCUUCACUAUUAUUCUUCAAUGUAGGAAAUAGUAAAAAUAGAGAACCCCCUGAAUUAGUCGGUGUGUCCAAACUUUUGAGUGGUACUGUAUAUCUUUUUGUUUUGUUGGCACUGAUAUAUUACAACUAUCUGCUUAAGCAGUGGCAGGCACAUUCAAUGCAAAGGAAGAAAUACUGUAUAUUACAGCAAACUAGACUAAAUAUAAUUCAAUUAACUUUUGAAGGGCAUUUGAAUGAUUAUUCUAGAAUUGUAUAUAGAUUACUUGUUUUACAGGUUGAUUAAAUAUUCACAGGUUAACAGUGUGACAUCACUUUAAAUAAUUUAUAACCUGCUGAAAAACUACAAUUCACAUUUGAAGAAAGUUUUUGAUGUGUAUUGUAUGUAUUGAUGUGCAAUAGUACAGGCAACUGCUUAUUGUUGAAAUGGUUUCUGAACUACAGUGCAUUCGGAAAUUAUUCGGACCCCUUGACUUUUUACCCAAAUUUUUAAUAUUACAGCCUUAUUCUAAAAUGUAUUAAAUAGCUUUUUUUCCUCAUCAAUCUACACACAAUACCCCAUAAUGAAAAAGGAAUGUCUAAUUUACAUAAGUAUUCAGACCCUUUCCUCAGUACGUUGUUGAAGCACCUUUGCCAGCGAUUACAGCCUUGAGUCUUCUUGGGAAUGACGCUACAAGUUUGGCACACCUGUAAUUGGGGAGUUUCUCCCAUUCUCUCUCUAGAUCUGUCAGGAUGGGGAGCGUCGCUGCACAGCUAUUUUCAGGUUUCUCCAAAGAUGUGCGAUCGGGUUCAAGUCCGGGCUCUGGCUGGGACACUCAGAGAAUGGUCCUGAACCCACUCCUGCGUUGUCUUGUCUGUGUGCUUAGAGUUGUUGUCCUGUUGGAAGGUGAACCUUCGCCCCAGUCUGAGGUCCUGAGAGCUCUGAAGCAGGUUUUCAUCAAGGAUCUCUGUAAUAGUGAUCGACCAUCUUUCCCUGGAACCUGACUAGUCUCCCAGUCCCUGACACUGAAAAACAUUCCCAAAGCAUAAUGCUGCCGCCGUGCUUCACCGUAGGGAUGGUGCCAGGUUUCCUCCAGACUUGGCAUUCAGGCCAAAGAGUUCAAUCUUGGUUUCAUCAGACCAGAUUAUCUUUUUUCUCAUAGUCCUUUAGUUGACUUUUGGCAAACUCCAAGCGGGCUGUCAUGUGCCUUUUACUGAGAAGUGGCUUCCUUCUGGCCACUACCAUAAAGGCCUGAUUGGUGGAGUACUGCAGAGAUGGUUGUCCUUCUGGAAGGUUCUAUCUCCACAGAAGAAAUCUGGAGCUCUGUCAGCGUGACCAUCAGGUUCUUGGUCCCCUCCCUGACCAAGGCCCUUCUCCCACGAUUGCUCAGUUUGGCCGGGCAACCAGCUCUAGGAAGAGUCUUGAUGUUUCCAAAGUUCUUCCAUUUAAGAAUGAUGGAGUGUUCUUGGGGAUUUCAAUGAUGCAUACAUGUUUUUGGUACCCUCUCCCUGAUCUGUGCCUCAACACAAUCCUGUCUCGGAGCUCUACGGACAAUCCCUUCGACCUCUUGGCUUGUUUUUUUCUCUGACAUGCACUGUCAACUGUGGGACAUUAUAUAGACAGGUGUGUGCAUUUCCAAAUGAUGCCCAAUCAAUUGAAUUUACCACAGGUGGACAUCUCAAGGAUGAUCAAUGUAAACAGGAUGCACCUGAGCUCAAUUUCGAGUCUCAUAUUUUUUUAUUUAACCUUUUAUUUAACCAGGUAGGCUAGUUGAGAACAAGUUCUCAUUUGCAACUCCGCGACCUGGCCAAGAUAAAGCAUAGCAGUGUGAACAGACAACAACACAGUUACACAUGGAGUAAACAAUAACAAGUCAAUAACAUAGUAGGGAAAAAAAGAGAAUCUAUAUACAAUGUGUGCAAAAGGCAUGAGGAGGUAGGCAAUAAAUAGGCCAUAAGAGAGAAUAAUUACAAUUUAGCAGAUUAACACUGGAGUGAUAAAUCAUCAGAUGAUCAUGUGUAAGUAGAGAUACUGGUGUGCAAAAGAGCAGAAAAGUAAAUAAAUAAAAACAGUAUGGAGAUGAGGUAGGUAAAUUGGGUGGGCAAUAUACCGAUGGACUGUGUACAGCUGCAGCGAUCGGUUAGCUGCUCAGAUAGCAGAUGUUUUAAGUUGUUGAGGGAGAUAAAAGUCUCCAACUUCAGAGAUUUUUGCAUUUCGUUCAAGUUGCAGGCAGCAGAGAACUGGAAGGAAAGGCAGCCAAAUUAGGUUUUGGCUUUAGGGAUAAUCAGUGAGAUACACCUGCUGGAGCGCAUGCUACAGGUGGGUGUUGCCAUCGUGACCAGUGAACUGAGAUAAGGCGGCGCUUUACCUAGCAUAACCUUGUAGAUGACCUGGAGCCAGUGGGUCUGACGACGAACAUGUAGCGAGGGCCACCCGACUAGGGCAUACAGGUCGCAGUGGUGGGUGGUAUAAGGUGCUUUAGUAACAAAACGGAUGGCACUGUGAUAAACUGCAUCCAGUUUUCUGAGUAGAGUAUUGGAAGAUAUUUUGUAGAUGACAUCGCCGAAGUCGAGGAUCGGUAGGAUAGUCAGUUUUACUAGGGUAAGUUUGGCCGCGUGAGUGAAGGAGGCUUUGUUGCGAAAUAGAAAGCCGACUAGAUUUAAUUUUGGAUUGGAGAUGUUUGAUAUGAGUCUGGAAGGAGAGUUUGCAGUCUAGCCAGACACCUAGGUACUUAUCGAUGUCCACAUAUUCUAGGUUGGAACCGUCCAGGGUGGUGAUGCUAGUCGGGCGUGCGGGUGCAGGCAGCGAACGUUUGAAAAGCAUACAUUUGGUUUUACUCGUGUUUAAGAGCAGUUGGAGGCCACGGAAGGAGUGUUGUAUGGCAUUGAAGCACGUUUGGAGGUUAGAUAGCACAGUGUCCAAGGAAGGGCCAGAAGUAUACAGAAUGGUGUCGUCUGCGUAGAGGUGGAUCAGGGAAUCGCCCCCAGCAAGAGCAACAUCAUUGAUAUAUACAGAGAAAAGAGUCGGCCCGAGAAUUGAACCCUGUGGUACCCCCAUAGAGACUGCCAGAGGACCGGACAACAUGCCCUCCGAUUUGACACACUGAACUGUGUCUGCAAAGUAGUUGGUGAACCAGGCAAGGCAGUCAUUAGAAAAACCGAGGCUACUGAGUCUGCCGAUAAGAAUAUGGUGAUUGACAGAGUCGAAGCCUUGGCCAGGUCGAUGAAGACGGCUGCACAGUACUGUCUUUUUUCGAUGGCGGUUAUGAUAUCGUUUAGUACCUUGAGCGUGGCUGAGGUGCACCCGUGACCGGCUCGGAAACCGGAUUGCACAGCGGAGAAGGUACGGUGGGAUUCGAAGAUGGUCAGUGAUCUGUUUGUUGACUUGGCUUUCGAAGACCUUAGAUAGGCAGGGCAGGAUGGAUAUAGGUCUGUAACAGUUUGGGUCCAGGGUGUCUCCCCCUUUGAAGAGGGGGAUGACCGCGGCAGCUUUCCAAUCCUUGGGGAUCUCAGAUGAUACGAAGGAGAGGUUGAACAGGCUGGUAAUAGGGGGUGCGACAAUGGCGGCGGACAGUUUCAGAAAUAGAGGGUCCAGAUUGUCAAGCCCAGCUGAUUUGUAUGGGUGGGUCUGAAUCAAAGGGUCUGAAUCCUUUUAUUUAUUUAUUCUCCCCAAUUUCGUGGUAUCCAAUUGGUAGUUACAGUCUUGUACCAUUGCUGCAACUCUCAUACGGACUCGUGAAAGGUGAAGGUCGAGAGCCUGGCAUUCUCUGAAACAUCCCAGCCAAGCCGCAAUGCUUCUCGACACAAUGACACUUAAACCCGGCAGCCAGCCACAGCAUUGUGUCGGAGGAAACACCGUGCACCUGAUGACCGUGUCAGCGUGCAUUGCUCCCAUUCCGCCACAGGAGUCGCUUGUUGUCAAUGUGACAAGAACAUUCCUGCCGGCCAAACCCUCCCCUAACCCGGACGACGCUGAGCCAAUUGUGCACCGCCCCAUGGGUCUCCCGGUCGCGGCCGGCAGCGACAAAGCCUGGACUCUAACCUGGAUCUCUAGUAGCACUGCGAUGCAGUGCCUUAGACCACUGUGCCACUCGGGAGGCCGUAAUGGUCUGAAUACUUAUGUAAAUAAGGUAUGUUUUUAGUUGUUUAUAUUUGCAAAAAUUUCUAAAAACCUUAUUUAGCUUUGUCAUUAUGGGAUACUGUAUUGAUGAGUAUCUUUAUUUAAUCAAUUUUGGAGUAAGGCUGUAAUGUAACAAUGUGGGAAAAGGGAAGGGAUCUGAAUACUUUGAUCUAGAAUUAUUGACUGUUUCAUUUACUUGAUUUAAGUUAUAUAAUUAAACAUUUUUAUUUAACCUUUAUUUAACUAGGCAAGUCAGUUAUGAACAAAUUCUUAUUUACAUUGACGGCCUACCCCGGCCAAACCUGGACGACGCUGGGCAAAUUGUGCGCCACCCUAUGGGACUCCCAAUCACGGCCGUAUGUAAUACAGCCUGGAUUCGAACCAGGGACUGGGGUGAUGCCUCUUGCACUAAGAUGCAGUGCCUUAGACCGCUGCGGCACUCGGGAGCCCAUUAUUAUAAUCUGAUUAUUCCAACAAUGCUUUGAUGCUUUUUUUUGUCCAUUGGGAAUGUGUUACUUGCACAAUACACUUCCUAAUUAUAAUUAGCAAGUACAUACAUAUCAAGUUUUUAUAAGUGUUCCAUUGUCUGUACAUGCUCUGUAGCUAUUUUUACUGCCUGUUUUUCCGUCAUUGUAAAAAGUGUUAGCAUAUUGACUGCACAUCUUUGGUUUUGUAAGAAAAUGUGAGGUUGCAUUAUGAAUAGGAUAUGACUUAUGAUAUUGUGUCGUCCUCCAUAAUUUCUGCUUUUCAAUGACCCCUGUCCAUAUCAUUGUGUGUGUAAAAAAAAAAAAAAAAAAAAAAAAAAUGGUUAGUUGUCUCUCUCAGACCAGGCAAACAAAGUGGCUGCAAAAUAAAGAGAAAGUGUGCUGUCCCAGAUGGAUUUUAAGUUACUUUAGACUAAUAAAGGAUCCUUGAUUAAUUUGA